CUGGCUGCUUGGCACUGACUUACGGCUGCUACUGUCAGUUGAGUUUCGACAGUACGUGUAUACAGAGGUGCGUCUAACGUUGCGACCGAUACGAAGAUAAUUGAAAAGCGCGUCUGUUUGUCUGUCUGUCUGGCCGCCUGCCUGUCUCACUGAAUGUCUAGUCUUGUUGUCGUUAUUGACGUCGAUUUUCGCCUUUUUUGCCUUUCGCCUCUGUCGUGUCGAAGGAAAACGCUACGCUGUAGAUCGCGCGCGAGUGCCUAAAUGUGUGUGUCCGUGUGUGCACACGUCAAGUUGUAUGUACAUAUGUAUGAGUGUGUGUUUUAUGCGAGCGGAAAAUUUCUAACAACACACUUGCGCUAACUUCGUUUGUCGGAGAAGAACGACAACCAUAAACGAUAAUAAGAGUGGCAAUAACAACUAACAGCAAAAAUCAUAAAAAAACACGCAAAAACAAACAAAAAAGUGAGAAGCUAGAAAAAAGUGGCAGCAAAACGGAUGGAAUUCACACUUCAUCACCUCUGCGACUAGCCACCGCACCGACUAGCCACUGAGACCGCUAUUGGCCCAAACUGUGUGCUACCCAUUCCAGUAAAGGACCACUAAACACUUUCGCCGCAGCAGGACGUUAUUGUCUGUUGGUGGUGGUCACACUCCAACUACCAACUAUUCAUUCUGCCAACACAGACGGUAGAACUGCCUCAGCCAUCCACAGCGUUUCAAUUCAUUCUGAGUCCACAUUGCAAUCGCUGUAAUAAUCGUUACGAAGCGUUACUGUCUACGACGACGGCGUUCAGGCAAAGCUUUUAAUUGACGACGAACAGCGGUUGGAGCAGCCGCAGCAGUAGCAGCAACGAGGAACAACAACAAGUCAGGCGGACGAACGAGCGUACGAACACAGUUUGCAGAAAAGGCGUCACCGUGCUUGCCACACUCAAAGCGAGGCAGCCGCAGUGACAAGAACACAAGGCAACCCCGAAAAAUAGGAAAAAACGAAGCAGCAGCAGCAGCAGCUAGAAGCAGUAGAGGCAUCCGUCGCAGUGGUAGAAUCCAGUAGUAGCAACAUUGGCCGUGGCAGUUAGUGCCAGCAACAAAAAGCUAGCUAUCAAGCAAGCACUCUAAAACGGCAGACAACAGCGCCAACGAGCUAUCAGUGGUAGCAGCCAGUACCUUGACCAGCAGAAGACGAGGCUGGCGUUGACCACUACCAUUUUGACCACUGAUAAGAGCGAACGACCAGCGAGCAGCAGCGCGUAGCCAACAACACGCAGCAAAGGUGCACAGUGGGUUAAAGAAUACGGGACCAAAGAAAACAUUAGCGCUACACUAUCAGGCGAUUGUCUUCAGCGCACACACCAAUGCGAUGCUUAAAGGCAUCGAGUAAUAUAAAGUGAAAAUAAAAGAAGACGAAGCGCGCACUUGACGUACCGUUUAAUAAUUAAGCGCGUUUUCGCUUAAAGCGUUUCCAUUAUUUUCGUGUUAUUGCUUUCGCUGCGCCACAUUCUUUGAGUGACAUUUCAGUGAUAAACGAGCAUUUCAUUAUCAGUCUUCAUUAACAGCCUUUACAGCAGCUUUGUAGUUGUGCUUCCGCAAACGAAGUUGCCAACAAAAGUGUUGUUCGCAGAGAAGUCAGCAAAGAAAAACAUUUUUUUUUCGCAAUUCAUAUAAAAGGCAGCAGCGCACGCGAGCGGAUAGCAGCGUCAUUGUCGUCGCUGAUUUACUAACCGUGACAUCAUUUGCGCACAAAGCAACUAUAAUUUUUAUAAAAUUUGCAACCACAAAAAUAUUAUACACAUAUACAUAAAUAAAAACAAAAAUAAAAAACUAAAUUAGUGAAAAGCGACAAUUAUUUUUUAAAGAAUUUUACGUAAAAAAAUCCGACAAAUUAAUAGCGUUUAAAUAAAAUGCAACAUUUUCUAAGCUGAGGAAAUUUUUAAGUGAGCGUCGAUAAAAUUCCAUUUGAUUUCGAGAAACGAGCGACUAGCAAACAAUAAACGAAACGCCUGAAAGUAGACAUUAAAGCUGCCAAAGAUGUUCUCCAUGUGUUCGAAAGUGAAGCCACGAAACUCAACAGUGAAUACACAACAACCAACGGGCACAGUUGGGAAACAGAUCAAAGGAGGAUACUUGUUGCGUUACAAAAAGCAAUUACUGUGGAAUCGCUGGGCCGAGGAAUGGGUCGUGCUGUAUGAUGAUUCAACAAUGGCUUGGUUUACGGAACCCGGCCGGUCAUCGCCAGCUGGUAAAAUCCUAGUCAAGGAAGCGCCCGAAAUGUUGGCCAUUGCACACUGGACUGGUCAAAUACCGCGCCGUCCACCACUGCCCGAAGGCUGCAGUGUGUCACAGCUCAUUGCGUUGGGCUCGAGAAGAAAGCGAUCCAAAGUCUACUGGAUGUUGGCUAAAUCAGAACAGGAAGUGAGCGACUGGGUUGACGCCAUUACUAAGACGCUGCCGCCACCACCACAAAUUGAGCUCGUAGUUGACAAGCCGCAUCUUAUGAAUGUCUUACGUCGGCCACUGGUGCGCAUCCGGCCGGCCACUACGUCGGAGGUGAAACAGCGUAAAGUUUCGGCGCAUAGAAGCAGCAGCGCUCAUCCGGCUUUGGCCCACCACCGCACAUUCUACGUACAGGAUCCGUUGGUGAAGAGCGAUGCCGCCGUUGCCAUAUUGAGUAAAAAACCUGAUUCGAAGCCGGCCUUGGCCUGCGCAUUGCCCUGGGGACACGGUUGGGGCUGGGCCACUUUGCCGAAUGGUGUGUGGAGUGGCGGUCUCACUUGGUCGCAGUGUGAGGACACUUUUACCCUACACGCACUGCCCACCACGCACUGCACCAAUCUUGUGGACACGUCAUGUAGUGGCGCCGUCUAUCACACCGAUAUCGGCGGCUUCGAUUUCCAUUCGACCGGCGUGGAAGAUCUCGGCGGUGAGGACUUCGACUAUGCCAUGGAUUGUGGGGAUUUUAUAUUUUAAGCGUAAACACUGCUAUGAAAAAGAGAAUGUGAACCCAUAAAAAGCAAUGGAACAGGAAGAGGAUGAGCGACAUUAAAGAGGCAGAAAAGAAAAGGAAGAAGAAUUUCAAAAAAAAAAAUAACAACAAAAAUAUUUUAACUGAAAAAAUAUAACCACCCCACCCUAGAAACGAGUGCAAAGGCACUUGAACGCUUAUAAGUUAAAUAACAAAAACAAAAACAAAUAAAGCCAAAAACUAGUUUAAUUAGCAGGGGCUCGAAAGAAAAGCCAAUAAUGGACUCACCUUCUAGUACUUUGGAAUAAAUUUUCACAUUUUCGCUGCACCCGAGUCUUGAACGAAGAACGAGCCGAACUGCAAAAAAAUUAAAAUAAAAUUUAAAAGUAAACAAAUAACAAAAAACAAGAUCUAUAGAAAUAUUGAAUUAUGUACAUGUUAACUAAUAUUACGGGUAAUAGGAGAACGAAUUUUCAGUUGGGUUCUCAACUGCGUGACAAUUUAGAGUUUUUGCAUUUUAUAAACGCCUUCGUUUAAGCGAAUCGACCGACCUGUGAGUGGAAUGGCAGAAUGGAUGAAAAUUACUAGCCAAAGAAAUAAUAAAACAAAGAAAAAACAAAAACAAACAAAUAAGUAAAACAACAACAACAACAAAUAUGAGUAUUCCAAUGGAUUUCAAAAGAUGCCAAAUUUUUGUAAGACGCCACAAAAACAGCGCAGCAGGGAAAACACUGACCCACAUUUAGGCGCCGGGUGCACCUAAGGGACGGGUAGCUGGGAAUUAGUAUUACUUAUGUGUAUAUUGUAGGGAUGUUUACACACGACGUCGUCAAUAGUUGUAGUUGAAAUUUAACCAAUCAUAGCGCAUAUUAAAACAAAAAUGAAACAAAAACAAAAACAAAAAUUUAAAACCUGAAACACAAACAAAAACAAAAAAAUAUAAAGUAAAAAUUUGAAAAAAAAACCAAAAGUAGCGGUAAAUUGAAAAAAGAGAUUUAGCAUUUUCAGCUGAUAGAAAAUGUUUAUUUUUAUGUGUAUAUGUACGUAUGUAUGUGUGAAACAACAUAAUAGGGGACGCAAAGAAUUUAGAAACCAUAGUCAAGUUUUGAAAACAUAAAAUGAAAACCAAAAAAAAAAACGCUAAAAAAUAUUACGUGGUAUAUUUGUAGGUUAUCAAAACAGCAAACAAAGAAAAACAACAAAAACGAAGUCAAAAAUCACACACACAGACACAAAGUACUCAUUGAUCUGCCAAAUAGUUUUGAAAGAUAUUUAAAGUAGGUAUUGUAUUGAAAUUAAAGAUGUAUUAAAUAAAAGAAAACAUUAAAAAGAUGACAAAAAAAUAACAAGAACAAGGAAUCGUUGUACACAAGGAAACGCCACCAAGCAACAAUGCGAAACACGAGCAACAUUUAAUUGACAAUGCAAAGUUUUUUGAAAUGCCGAAUUGAUUAUAGAUUUUUUAAAUGAUUUUUCGAUUUUUUACUGUUUUUACGUAACGAGAGAUAAAAUUAUUAAAAAAAAAAAACAAAACCAAACACAAAAUAAUUAAUUAGUAAGAAAAAAGUAAUUUUAGCGAAAAAAACUAGGCAAACCACGAGCAACAUGCUGGCAAUGUUCUCCGUUAAAUUACAAAAACAAUUGUCAAAUUUAUAUAGUAUAUAGCGAUAAAUACACUUGUCGAGCAAAAUAAGUAAAAAGAUAAAAAACAAUCACAAAAAAAUUAACAAAUGUUUGUAUGUAGUAAAAAAAGGAAAAAAAUAUUUAGAUUAUUAUAAAUUUCAAGCGCACGGCAUGAAAAGCGAAAAAAAUAAAUGUCAACAAUAUUUUAUGUGGGGUUAAAGAAAAAGCAAAGCAAAAAAACAAAUUACAACAACAUUUUAUGCAAAAUACAACGGAACAGAAAUGAAAAACACUAAACAAAUACAAAUUCAGUCAUACAUCAGUGUUGCAUUGCACGCGAAAUAAAAAAAAAAAUAUAUAUAUUUUCCAGUUACAAUUACACUCGUGUAGAAAUCGGCCAAUCAACCAAAGUUUCAAUUAAUCACAGAACAAGAGUAUUCUAAAUACUAAUAGAGAACGAAGAAAGCAAAAGUAUGGUAUAUGUUAUUUCUUUAUUGGUUGGCAGCUGAUGGUCGCCCGCAACUAGUGUUCCUUCCUACACCGAAAAACCUCAGCAGCACCAACAGCAACAAUUCAUAAUGCUCUAAGAAAUCACAAAAUCCUCAUAAAAGUAUAGAAAGAGAGAGAGAGAGAGAGAGGUAGAGAGAUAGCAAUAGAUUGGACACGGUGAUCCUAGAAGAGGUCUAAGGUAUAUAUAUGGGUUUCACACAGAAAUCAGUUCUAGUAAAAUCUAAAAAUUUUCAAAUUUUCGUUAAUUGAGGAGAUUAAUAUAAUUACAGAGAGACUUGCAUAUUUUUGACACUUUAAUUUUUGUUAUUUCAAAAAAGUGACGGAUGAGGUAUCUCAUUAUUAUUUAUUAAAUUAUUGUUAAAAACCAAGAAAAGUUGUUUUUAGUGAUUCUCAAUGAAAUCAAAAGAAAGUUUUCUAAAAUGUCAAAUUUUUGGCUUGCGCACGUUGAGUCACUUAGUGUCGUCAUAUACAUAAAUAUAUUCAGUUAAAAAUAAAAGCUGACUAUAAUUGUAUUUGAAAAAUUGUGUGUGUUCUGGAAAUAACGGGCGUUUUUCAUUUUAAACAAAAUAUUUGUGCAUUCUUCUACAUUAAUGUUGUCGCCUUCAAAAUAGUCCAUUCAGCCAAUUUCAUUCUCAAUCUUAUAAACAAAUUUCAAACUUGAUUUUUGGGAUUCCCUUUGCGCUUUUAGUGAUUUUCAUCAUUUUGUAAAAUGAUAGCCCUUUAAUGUUAUAGUAUAGUUUCUGGUCAAGAAUUUAAGAACAAGCAAAAAGUGUGAGUUUUUAACAAACGAAAAUGAAACUUCUACAUUUCUUCGCUAUAUAUUUCCAUUUAAACAUUUUACAACAAAAGAGUCACUAAAAGCAUUCAAAAUUGAUUUGACAAAUAACCGCAUGUUAUUCUGCACCUCUAUAAACGCACAAUUACAAGGGAUGUUGAUUUAACUGUGAACUAUCAAAUGUACGUAUGUGUACGUGAACUUUCGUGCUUUCCUGCCCUACAUACAUACAUAUGUACAUAUAUAUGUACAUUUGUGGAAACCUUUUGACAUGAACUUUUAUUGCCCUUUCACCGCGCAUAUUCGUUUUAUGGCAGUUAAUUGAAAAUUCAUGUUGUAAUUAAAUUCGUUACCAUUUGUCAAUUAAGCAUUGCGAACAACUCAUAUUAUAAAUAUAAAAAGUAUACAUACAUAUGUAUAUCGAAUAUGUAAAUAUUUGAAAAAUCUGUUAAACCUGUAAUUAAAUGAAAGACAAUGGCUUCAAUUCUUUUAUUCUACAAAUUUGAAAAUGUAAAGAGUGAUCCAUUUCGAGAUUCCCUACUUUUUUAAAGAAAAACCAGAAACUACAAAUUUAAUGGAUAAUGUUUAUUAUCAUUCGAAAGAACAUUCUUUGGCAUUUAUUUUUUGAAGAUUAUCUCUUUCAAAUGUUGGCCGCGGCUAUGUCUCAGAAGGUCCAUCCAUUGAGUCCAAUUUUCGAUUACUCGUUCGAGCAUUUCGACUGGUAACUGGCGAAUAGGUCCGCAUAGACCUAAGACUUGACAUAUCUUUGCAGGAAAGAGCCUAACGGUGUGAUAUCACACGAUUUUGGUAGCCAAUCAACCCUCCCAAAACGUGAAAUUAUCUGCUCACCGAAGUGUUCUCUCAAUAAAUCCAUUGAUUGAUGGGAUGUGUGGGAAGUGGCGCCGUCUUGUUGAAAUCAAAUGUCUUCGAGAUCACGAGCUUCAAUUUCAGGCAUCAAAUAGUCGGUUGUCAUGGUGCGUUAUUGACGGUUACGUUCUCACCGGCAUAAUUUUUGAAGAAAUAUGAACCGAUCAUUCUACUGGUCCAGAAACCACACCAAAUCAUUGUUUUUUGUGGAUGAUAAGGCAGCUCUUGAGUCUCUUCAGGCUGCUCUUUGUCGCAAAUGCGCCUAUUUUGCUUGUUUACAUAUCCAUUGAGCUAGAAAUGGGUCUCAUCGCUGAACAAAAUUUGGCUUAAACACGUCGUAUUUUCCUGGAAUUUUUUAAGAGAGAUAAAACCUAUUAUUUGAAUAAAAGGAUUUGUGGUUUAACUGAUUUUUUCGUCAUUGAAUUUGACAUAAUAUGAAUCGGGCAAAACUCUACCUCUACGGGAUACUUGUCAUAGCAUCAACAGACGUUUUCUAGUUUGACAAACGAAUUUUUACAUUGUUGAUUUCAAAUAUUUAAAUUUGGCAAAAUUCAAUUGAAGUAGAACUUCAGAUAUUUAAUAAAUAUAUAACAUUUUAAUGAAUGCCGAAUGAUUCCAUUCGGUAUAGUCAUAAACUUGAGUAAAUUUCUUGUAUGAAAAUGGUUAAUAAGUUCAAAACACAAUCUAAGUGAAAUUUAGAUUUAAAAGCGGUCGUCCUCAGCAAACCAUAAACCAAUGUAAUAGAUCUGAGUUACAGUUGGAGGUGUAAAAAUGCAUAUUCAGUGCCGGUUAACAGGGAAACAUAAAACCAAACAACAGAGUGAAUACAUACUUAAUUACAAAAAUUGCUUUUUCCGGUAUACCAAGUCUUGGAAGUGAAAAAAAAUUUAAAUUUUCUCACAUUGAAGUGAUGAUUAAAAGAGGAAUGCAGGAAGGAAGGAGGAUAAAGUGAAAGCCCCUUUUACACAUACGAAAACUUUAUAAGCAUAUACUUGUAUUCAUAGCACGGCCCGUUCCUGGACUAACUUUUGAUCCCACAGUAUGUAUGUACGCAUGUACUCGUAUUUACAUUGGUAGACUACAAGACUUAAGCAAUUGUCGCAGCGACAUUAAAAUAUUAUGUAUAGUAUGUUUAUAUAUGAAGUACGCAUUGUUUGGCUUUAUAUGUAUUGCAUACAUACAAAGAUAUACUCGUAUAGGAAACGAUAAAAGAAAAAUGGUUAAAAACAAAAAUUAUAAUGAAAAUAUAAUCGAACAAUAAUGCAAAAAUAAUGAAUAGCAAUGCCAAGAAACAGCAAAAUGCAAUGUUAAUGAAGCAAAAAAACAAAAACAAGAAACGCUUUGAAUAUAUGUAUUUGUCGAAAAGGGUGUUGGUAUUUUAGUUUUUCAAUGUAAAAUGUGUCUUAGAAAAUGCAAAGUUUGCCACUAUAAUUUGGAAAUGUAUGUAUGUACGUGUAAAAUUUAAAAUUUAAGUGAAAAAAACAUAAAAAAUACAAAUUGAUUAAACAAUUACUGUGUGAAAAAAUAUGAAAUCUGCACACUCGAAGAGCACACACAGUCGUUGAAUGUCGGCGCCAGUAAACCAAAAACUCAAAAAGUAAAAAUCAAUUUUCAAAAAUAUUUAUUAAUUAAAAAGUUUUCGGACAUAACUGCAAAAGUGGCAUUUAUGGAAAAGUAUAAAAAUAUUAACGGCAAUUUGUAACUCAAUUGAAAAGGGCGCUGACGUAACGUUUUAACCACAUUUACAACUGACGUAAGCGUAAAAUGUAAUUUCGAAAACUCAAUUGACCUCCGACAAUCAUCAUAUGAUAUCUCAUCGUAUUCAGAAACUACUUUUCUAUUUUGAUUGUUUUUUUUUUAUAUUUUACUUUGUUGUAAUUUUGAUUAUUCGCAGGUUUAUUUCGUUUAAUUGAAAUCUUAUAAAGGUAUUAAAAAUAAAAAGUUCAAAAAUGUAUCGAGGCAUUUAUUGUUUGUUUUUCCAAAGAAAUUCUCUCAAAUGCGAAACCUUCUUAGACAGAGUGCGUGACUCUGAUUGGCGAAAAGUGCUCUGAAAUCCAACAAAUUUUUCAUACGCUUAAGUAAUUUUGGGUUUCAUUCCUUAAUAGUCAGCGAUAUUUUCUGCCAGUGAAGACUAUUUUCACAAAAUAUUUGAAAUUUGAAAUAAAUUUCGAUCGACUUCGCAAAUCCGGUGUUUGAAAUAUUUUCUGGUAGUAAUCUCACAAAAGAUUUGAAAUUCAAAACAAAAUUUCGAUCGGCUUAUAAAACCCGCUGUCUGAAAUCAAAGCAGUCACAUAUUUGAAACUAAAUGAACUGAAUCUUAAAUUUAAUAGACGAUUCAAACAGACCGUUGAUUGAGUCAAUUAACAAUACUGCCUAUAAAUAUUCGAUCUAGCUGAAGUGGUUUUAUCCGCUUUUUUGUUGUUUUUUUAAGAGACAUUUUAUUUAAUAUAAAAAUAACCAAAUUUUAUUUACCGAAUUUAAUGUACUUUCAUAAUCGGUGAUUUAGAUUUCCUUGAUCCCAUAGCCUAUCUUCUGUAGGACUUUCAAAUAAAGGUGCCAAGCGGUGAGAAAGAUUUUUCUGCUUAAUGAUAAUAAUAAUUAUUAUAGAUGAAUACAGCUAAUAAUUGAAGGGCUAGUUAAUAUUUUGACUUUUGACGAAAUGACGACAACCCAAAAAAUAAGUAGUUUUUUUGGGAUAAAAUUUAUAUUUCAAAAUUCAUAUCAAAAAUCCUAAUCCUUCGUUCAUUACAUCAAAAAUAUGUCUAGAAAAAAUGUAUGAACAUUUAUAGUUGGCCGGUCUCACCGUUUCGCAGAAAUUUUCCUUACUGCUAAUUGACUAAGUUAAGGGCUGUCUGUAGCUCCUUUAAGGUUAAAAAUUGAUUAUCUCAUUUUCUAUGGGUGAAUUUAAAUAAUGUUUAAGAAGUUUUGGAUAUUAUGAAAUUCUAUGACUGAAUUUAAAUAAUUUUCAAGAAGUUUUGGAAAUUCUGAAAUUCGAAACUUUGUAUCCUUCUAUUAGGGUUCCCGAGGGUAUUUUUUAAUUUUUCCGAAACUUCGCUUCCUUCUAUCAGGGUUCCCGUGGGUAAAUUGUUUCCAUUUUAAGCUAAUAUUUAAUAUGACAACUUUUGUUAAUUUUUAUAUAUUAAAUAUUUUAUACAUUAUAUUAAAUUUUAUAAGAUUUUUAUAUUAUUUUUUUAUCAAAGAAAUUCUUUUCUUAUAUUUUCCAAUUUAUAUUUUUUAAAUUUCAUAUUCAUUAAUGAAGUCUUCGAUAACAUUUACAUACACACACGUAAUUGUGUAACAUAACGUAGUUAGAUGUAUAGAAUGUACAAUACAUAAGCACAAUUAGAUUUAUGUAUGUAGUCAAACUAAAUAAAAUUAAUGCAAAUGAAAAAAAACGCUAACACAAUGAAGUCCAUGAAAUCGUUAAAAACGCGAAAAUCAUAUAUACACACACACACACACAAAAGUACAUACGACAUACAUAAGUAUAUGUAGAAGUAUAACAACAAAAAAAAAGUAUACAUAUGUACAUACAUAUGUACAUGUUAAAGAGAAGAAAUAAGGAUUAAAAAAAUUAAAGAUAAUUAACAAAAAAACAAGAAGCGAGUUAAGAAUUUUUUGAAAAUAACGGCUAAUAAAAUUUAACUGACGCGAAGACUAAAAAUUUUCGAAAUUUUAAAUAUUUUCGUAAUUGAUUGAAAAAUAGGUUUCUAGUAUUUUAAGCGAAAUUACGAAAUAAAAACUGCAAUUUCAUAUUUUAAAAUGCAAUGCACACACACACAGGCACGCAGACACAAGUACUUACAUACAUACAUAUGUAUGUCUGACGGAAUUUAUAAAUUUCACGUGUUCCCUGAAAGUCUUCGAGCGAACGCAUCUGCAGCCAAUUUGCAAAAUAAACGCUCAACAUUUCGAGCCCAACAACCAGCAUAAGAAUAUGGGCCUAAGAUAAGGAAGAAGAAGAAGCAGAAGAAGAAGAAGAGUAACGCUCCGAACACAUAGAGAGCGACACGACACGGCAGCACGACAGUGAACUGUAAAUGGCGUCGUGAAUCCUACUACAUGAACAUUAGUAAGAAGGCAACGACAUAACAAUGGCCGGCACACAAAACAACACAGUUGUCCAUUUUGUAUGUACACAAUUUGGUGGUUGCCAUACUCACACCUUUCGCUUCAAUGAAAUUUUAGUAUUUUGUUUUGAAUAAUUUUACAUUUUACAUAUUAGUGGCAUCACUCCUCUCUUCUGUCAACUCUACUAUUAACUCUACUGUCGUUAGCAAAUAUAAAAAUAUGUUCAAGUUAGCGAGAGCGACAACUGUCGGCCUGCAGUCGUGUCGUCGUGCAGCUGUAUAAAUAACUGUGUCCAUAAGAACGUGUGUAUUUUAAUUUGACAGAUGUCGCUUACAGUCUGUGGCGCUCUAUGUGUUCAGCACAUAAACCAUAUAAGACGUGUUAUAAUACACACCAACAUAUGUAGCAUAAUUAUUGCAUGUACUGUGUAUGUUUGUAUGUAAUAGCGAAAGCGUGUAGUAUGUAGGCAAAUUGAAUAAAAAAAGUUAUAAUAAUAAAAAAACAGCAACAAAAACAAUGUGUUUCGCGUUUGCAAAAUGCGCUGUUCUAGGCACAUCUAGAAAAAUUGUAAUUUGUAUUGUAAUUGCGUCGAUGUCUUAUUGUAUGUUAUUGUUGUAAUGUCAUGUAAUGUAAUGUAGUGUUGCGUUAUGUUUCAUAACACAACGUACUAACAUAAAUGAAAAGUACAUGUAGCCUGAUUAAGAAAAAUAAAACUGAAAUAAAUAAA